AUGACUCAAGAGAAAGCUAAAACCGGUCGUCCCGAUCCCGUAAAGGGGUUGAGACUGCGGUCGGUAGACGUACUCGGAGUACCACAGGCUGCAACCCUGGGGGACGCCUCGGGGAGAUUGGAGGGCCAGGGACGCCUGGUGGCCUCUCACCUGUUUUUCCGGCAAGGUGAAUCUGAUGAGAUAGGUUUGAUUUUCGGGCGCCAGGAGUAUCAACCCUCCGAUUCCUUUUGGUUUCUGAUUGAAAAUUUGAAGAAAACAAAAAGCGGCCGCUGUGUGUCUAAUUUGUGUGUAUCUUUGUUUUUUGUGUCUUUCACGUACCUAAUAAUUGUUGUACUGACAUUGGGACAGACAGUGACGACCCCCCUUAGCCUGACGUUAGAUCAUUGGACGGAAGUAAGGGCAAGGGCACAUAACUUGUCAGUAGAAGUGAAGAAAGGACCAUGGCAGACUUUCUGUACCUCCGAGUGGCCCACCUUCAAUGUUGGAUGGCCCUUGGAAGGGACUUUUGAUCUCCCCACUUUACUAGUGGUAAAGGCUGUUGUCUUCCAGGAUUCAUCUCAAGGACACCCGGAGCAGCAACCUUACAUUGUAGUCUGGCAAGAGUUGGUAGAAAACCCACCGCCCUGGGUAAAGCCUUGGGUGCAGAAGAAAGUGGGCCCUCAAGUUCUAGCUGCCCAGACCCGACCUCAGGGCAAAGAAAAAGACACUACUACUAAAGUUCACCCUGACACUCAAGAUUUGCUUAUAGUUGAUGAUCCCCCUCCUUACCCUCCUGCCCCUACGGCACCUCCGGCCCCGGCAUUGCCAGCCCCGGCACCUCCGGCACCUUCAGUCCCUGAUGCCGAGGCACCGGGACUGGCUCCGGGACCUGCCCAGGGAACUCGGCACUGCCGGGGGACCACCUUGGAUCCACCGGGUAUUUACCCUCUCCGGUCUUAUGGAGUUCCCAUCCACGGGGAAGAGGGGGACCCGCCUUUCCAACCUCUGCAAUAUUGGCCAUUUUCCUCUGCCGAUUUGUAUAAUUGGAAAGCUAACCACCCGCCCUUUUCAGAGGAACCGCAAAGACUAACUGGUCUGAUAGAGUCCCUGAUGUUUUCUCACCAGCCCACUUGGGAUGACUGUCAGCAGCUUUUGCAGGUGCUCUUCACUACGGAAGAGAGAGAGAGGAUUCUCCUGGAGGCACGAAGGAACGUGCCUGGAACCGACGGGCGACCAUCGCAACUCCCUCGUGACAUAGAGAGGGGGUUCCCAUUGACCAGACCCAACUGGGACUUUAAUUCUCCAGAAGGUAGGGAGCGACUAACCAUCUAUCGCCAGACUCUGGUGGCAGGUCUCCGUGGGGCCGCAAGACGCCCCACCAAUUUAGCCAAGGUAAGAGAGGUCAGUCAGGGAGCCACUGAAGCACCUGCAGUGUUCUUAGAAUGCCUGAUGGAAGCCUUCAGGCGGUAUACUCCCUUUGAUCCCACUUCUGAAGAGCAUAGUGCUUCAGUGGCCCUUGCUUUUAUUGGACAGUCGGCACCCGACAUUAGAAAAAAGCUUCAGAGAUUAGAGGGCUUACAAGAUUUGUCAUUGAAGGAUUUGGUGAAGGAGGCUGAGAAAGUGUAUCACAAGAGGGAGAUGGAGGAAGAGAAAGAGUUAAGGAAAGAGAAGGAAAGAGAAAGUAAGGAAGAAAAGAGAGACAGGAAGCAUGAGAAGAAUUUAACAAGGAUCUUGGCCGCAGUAGUAGAAGGUAGAGGACGCCCACCUCCUAGUGGCAGAACUAGUAAGACAGGGCACCUGGGCAACCGGACCCCUUUAGAGAAGGAUCAAUGUGCGUACUGCAAAGAAAAGGGGCAUUGGGUGAAAGAAUGCCCUAAGAAGCCACCGCGGGGACCUCCGAAGAAGGUGUUGUCUCUGCUGGAAGAUGAGGAUUAGAGAAGACGGGACUCGGAGCCCCUCCCCGAGCCUAGGGUAACCCUGAAGGUGGAGGAGCAACCCGUUGAGUUUCUGGUGGAUACCGGUGCUCAACAUUCUGUACUGACCCAAGCUAGAGGCCCUCUUUCUGGCAAAAAGUCUUGGGUGUUCGGGGCCAUGGGCCAGAAACAAUAUGCAUGGACUACCCAAAGAACAGUGGACUUAGGAGUGGGACAAGUAAACCACUCAUUCCUUGUCAUACCGGAAUGCCCCACACCCUUGUUAGGAAGAGACAUCUUGACCAAAGUCGGGGCCCAAAUAUCCUUUCAGGCUGAAGAUACCCGAGUGACUGAUCGAGAGAAAAAACCUUUGGGCCUAAGUAUUCUGUCCAUAAGAUUAGAAGACGAGUACCGCCUUUUUAAGGAACCAGAACCCUCCCGAGUUAGUCAGGGGUGGCUUAACCAGUUUCCAGGGGCCUGGGCGGAGACGGCGGGUAUGGGGCUUGCUGUAAACCAGCCCCCAGUGGUCAUAGAAUUGAAAGCCUCAGCCUUACCAGUAACUGUGAGACAAUAUCCAAUGAGUAAAGAAGCCAGAGAUAGAAUUAGGCCCCAUAUCCAGAGGCUCAUAGAGCAGGAGAUAUUAGUAAAAUGUAAAUCCCCAUGGAACACUCCCUUGCUGCCUGUAAAGAAAGCGGGAACAGGAGAUUAUCGACCAGUGCAAGAUUUAAGAGAAGUUAAUAAGAGGAUACAGGACAUUCAUCCCACUGUGCCGAACCCUUAUAACCUGCUAAGCUCUCUGGCCCCGGAAAACACCUGGUAUACAGUCUUAGAUUUAAAAGACGCCUUCUUUUGUUUGUGCCUGCACCAGAGUAGCCAACCGCUGUUUGCUUUUGAAUAGAAAGACCCCUCCACAGGAACUACUGGACAAUUGACCUAGACUCGCUUGCCACAAGGAUUCAAAAAUUCACCCACCCUCUUCGAUGAGGCUUUACAUCAAGACUUGGCCUUUUACCAAGCCUCCAACCCACAGGUAACUUUGUUACAAUAUGUUGAUGACUUACUGAUAGCAGCCCCUACUCAGGAAGCCUGCCAAGAGGCCACUAGAGCUCUUUUGACUGAACUUGCUAAAUUGGAGUAUAGGGCAUCUGCCAAGAAGGCACAGAUUUGUCAACAACAAGUGACUUAUUUGAAAUAUUCCCUGAGAGAGGGGAAAAGGUGGCUUACUGAAGCCCGAAAGCAGACUGUAACGCAGAUCCCGGUCCCCACUACUCCGCGUCAGGUUCACGAGUUCCUGGGGACAGCAAGAUUUUGUAGACUGUGGAUACCCAGAUAUGCCACCUUAGCCGCCCCUCUGUAUCCCUUAACCAAAGGGGCGGCCCCAUUUGUUUGGGGACCUGAACAACAGCAGGCCUUUGAUGAUAUCAAGAAGGCCCUCCUGUCGGCACCCGCUCUGGCCUUGCCAGAUGUGACUAAGCCAUUUGUCCUUUUUGUAGAUGAACAGAGUGGAGUGGCUCGAGGAGUGUUGACCCAACAAUGGGGACCUUGGAGGAGACCUGUCGCCUACUUGUCAAAGAAAUUGGACCCAGUGAGUAGCGGAUGGCCUGCCUGUUUGAGAGUAGUGGCGGCCGUGGCCCUCUUAGUUAAAAAUUCUGACAAACUAACGCUGGGACAAAAGCUCAUUGUGGUUGCUCCACAUGCGCUGGAAAGCGUAAUUUGGCAACCACCCGAAAGAUAGAUGUCGAAUGCCAGAAUGACUCACUAUCAAACCUUGCUCCUAAAUCACGAUCGUGUAAAAUUUGCCCCGCCCGCCAUCCUAAACCCGGCUACUCUGCUCCCCAAUCCGGGGAAAGAAGUACUCCAUACCUGCCAAGAAAUCCUGGCUGAAGAGACAGGGACCUGCCGGGACUUAUGAGAUCAGCCCCUGGAAAGACCAGGACUCCUGACCUGGUACACAGAUGAGAGCAGUUAUAUCAUGAGAAGUAAGAGGAUGGCGGGAGCUGCAGUAGUAGAUAACAACUGGAUCGUGUGGGCCAGCGGACUCCCAACGGGCACUUCUGCACAGUGAGCAGAACUCGUUGCCUUGACUCAGGCUCUAAAAAUGGCAGAAGGUAAGAGACUUAACGUCUACACUGACAGCCGAUACGCUUUUGCCACCGCUCAUAUACAUGGGGCUAUUUAUAGGCAGAGAAGGCUGUUAACUUCUGCCGGGAAAGAUAUUAAAAACAAACAAGAAAUUUUAGAAUUGUUAGAAGCCAUCCAUAGGCCUAAAGAAGUAGCGAUAAUACAUUGCCCUAGACAUCAGAAAGAUGACUCUCCAAUAGCUCAAGAAAACCGGAGGGUGGACCAAGCCGCAAAACAAGCAGCUCAGGGAAUGAACAUUUUACCCCUCCAGGUGCACCCGGAAGCAACAUGUAUCAAGAGCUUCCAGUAUACACCCGAAGAUCUCGCUCAGAUAGACAAACUGAGGUUCCAAAAAUCUUCACCCUUUGAAACAUAUAAGUCAAGAAAUGGGAAAAAUAUUCUGCCCCAGAAAGAGGCAGGAGAAUAUUUGAGGCAAUUACAUCAAUUGACACAUUUAAAGGCCAAGAACCUAAAGGCCCUAGUUCGACACUCCCCUUAUCAUAUCAUUAGUUUAGAAAAAAUGGCAGACGAGGUAGUGAAGAAUUGUGUCCCUUGCCAAUUAGUAAAUAUGAAUAAACAUCAAAUGAUAUGCGGAAAAAAGCUUUGCGGAGAUAGACUGGGAGCUUACUGGGAAGUUGACUUUACCGAAAUUAAGCCUGCUAAGUAUAGACAUAAGUACCUUUUAGUUUUUUUAGAUACCUUUUCAGGAUGGACAGAGGCUUUCCCAACCAAGACCGAGACAGCCCAGACAGUAUUCAAAAAGAUACGUGAAGAAAUAUUUCCAAGGUUCAGAAUCCCCAAGGUAAUUGGUUCCGAUAAUAGACCUGCCUUCGUUGCCCAGGUAAGUCAAAGAUUGGCCAAGAUCCUGGGGACAGAUUGGAAACUACAUUGUGCGUACAGGCUCCAGAGCUCAGGACAAGUAGAGAAGAUGAAUAGAACUCUAAAAGAGACCUUGACUAAAUUAUCCAUAGAGACUAGUUUAUGUGAUUAGUUAGUCCUCCUUCCCUUCGUCUUGUUUCGAGUCCGAAACACUCCCGGCCGUUUUGAGCUGACUCCCUUUGAAAUAAUGUUUAGGGCCCCAGCUCCUCUUGAGUCGGCCCACCUCCAUGAGUCCCCCGAAUGUGUAACUAAUAAGUUUCUGCUUGAAAAGUUACGGGCCCUGGAAGUCGUACAGAGAGAAGUCUGGGCCAACAUCCAGGAAGCCUAUCGGCCGGAGGACUUGUCAGUGCCCCAUCAGUUCCAGGUGGGAGACCCCGUCUAUGUAAGACGACACCGAGCAAGAAACCUUGAGCCUCGGUGGAAAGGACCCUUCAUCGUCCUCUUGACUACUCCCACAGCCGUGAAAGUAGAUGGCAUCUCCUCCUGGGUACACGCUUCACAUCUGAAAAAGGCAUCCCAGCCGGACUCGGAUUGGCGAGUAACUCAGACUGAUAAUCCUCUUAAGCAUCGCUUGUGUAAAAAAAAAAACUAUGUUAUUAGUAAUUCUAAUGCUCCUGCUGUUCCCAACCCCCCAGAGCCUUAA